AUGGUUCCCGGUUUAGUUGAGCCACCUACGGACUUCUCUCAGCUCCCAAAGACUGAGUACCGUACCAAACUUGAGGUGAAGCCCAAGUCUGCUCUUUUUCCUGAUGGCUACAAGACUACAGGACAGCAGCCUCCCCUCUAUGAGGCAAUCCACCCGUAUUCAGAUUUUCCUAAGAAGAUAACUGGAAUCACGGCAUGGACCAAGGAUGACUUGUCAGGCUCUCCUGAGAAGGAGGCUCUCUGGAAGCAUCCUUUCACUGCGGAAGAGCUUGAGGAUCUGGGCACCGCUGCCGAUAACUACAUCUCGAGCGGACGAGAUCUGAACGAAAUGCGCAAGGAUCUCUUUCCCCUUCCAAAAAUGGGCAAGUAUCUUGAAAAGGUUCGGGAUGAUAUGAUCAAUGGCUACGGCUUCAUUCUAUUCCAAGGCAUGCCCGUCAAAGAAUGGGGAAUGCGCAAGUCCUCCACCGCUUACAUGGGCAUGGGGGCUCAUUUUGGCCAUAUUGUGAGCCAGAAUGGCAAAGGCCAUGUUUUGGGCCAUAUCAAAGACCUGGGCGAGAACCCGGCAGAUUUUCACAAAGUUCGACUCUACCGAACCACGGCCAGGCAGACGUUUCACGCUGAUCCUGCGGACAUUGUUGGCUUGCUCUGCCUCAAUACCCCUCAUGAAGGGGGCGAGAACGAUAUUGUCUCGGGGCAUCAAGUCUGGAAUGUUAUGCAGGAGGAACGUCCCGAUAUUGCUGAACUGCUCACCCAACCCAUUUGGUACUUUGACCGCAAGGGGGAAGUAAGCACGGGACAGGAGGAUUACAUUCGAUGUGCCAUUUACUACAUCGAGAAGGGCAAUGGCCGUGUCUAUUCCAAGUUCGAUCCCAACUAUGUCCGAUCCCUCAAGCGCUUCUCAGACAAAGGCGUCAUCCCUCCAAUGUCAGAUGCCCAAGCCGAGGCAAUUGAGUUCUUCGACCAGACAUGCCUCCGCGAGUCAAUCCGCAAUGUGCUUGAGAUCGGAGACGUCCACUUCAUGACAAACAACCAUCUCUACCACUCUCGUACGUCGUACAAGGACCACGAGCCGCCGGCUCCGCGCCGUCACCUUUUGCGGCUGUGGCUGUCCACGCCCGAGAGCGAAGGGGGUUGGAAAUUGCCCUAUCACGACUCUGAUUGGAGGCGCAGGGGUGGUGUUCAGGUGGAUGACCGCCCGCACAAGGUGGUGCUUCACGCGGAUUGA